GUACUGCCACUGCUGCUGCUGCCAAACCUGGAAAACAACGAAACGAAAUCCCCGACCAUUGCCCGACACUUCGCCGAUUUCUUCACUUUCGGUAUCUCUCUGCAUCACCGUAAACUUGAACUUGCUACGAUACAACCUGGCCUCAUCAUCCCGGGUGACCAGCAAAAAGACAGAAUCAAUCUAUUUUCGCAGACAAAUCCGCCUAUCCGCACCCGAUUCGAGCAAGGCGUUACGAAAUACCUUCCUCGACCUGACUAUCCUGCCCGCACCUGGUGGAUCCCAUUUGAUACAACUUUGCCCCAAAACCCAACCUUGGACGUGUCACAGUGGUACUUUUUCUCCGUCACCAGGUUCCAUUCAAACUCGAUUGCUUGCUGUUUCUCGAGUUUCUUCUGCCACCUAUUCAAGCCUCAGACAGCCAGAAUUUCCGAACCACAAAAAAUACGCCCUCCGAUCGUCCGAGCCAAAACAUCACUAUCUCAGCCCUUUCAUCCAGGAUUCCACUACUCCGUACCUAACCCAACCCCCCGUAUCCAAGCCGUUGCUCUGCCGUACAGUGUACCCUGCGCCCUGCAUCUGUACAUACCUACCUACCUAGUGUCUGUAUUCUGCAGCCCGCCCGUCCGCUGCAACCGCAUCAACCUUCUUGUACGUUUCUGCAACUCCCGGAGCGCCGCGCUGUGA